AUGAAGAUAUCGCUGUCCCUAUUUGCCACCUUAAACUUAGCUGCCUUGUGCCUCGCUAUUCAUCCAAUUCAAAUUCACGAAAGACACUUCUAUGACUCAGUAACUGGCAAGCCGUUUUUCAUCAAAGGCGUCGACUACCAGCCAGGUGGGUCUUCAGGCGUGAGUUCAGAAAACGAUCCACUUUCCGACAUCGAGAAAUGCUCAAGAGACAUAUAUCUCUUUCAAAACUUGGGUAUCAACACCAUCCGGGUCUACUCCAUAAACCCGGAUCUAGACCACGAUAAAUGCAUGACAUUACUUGCCGAGGCUGGGAUGUAUCUUAUCCUUGAUGUGAAUUCUCCAAUGGGACAUCAGCAUUUAAACAGAUAUGAGCCCUGGUCAACCUACAAUGAGCAGUACAUGUCACACGUGUUCAAAGUUGUGACGCAGUUUUCUGCUUACAACAACACUUUGGCUUUCUUUGCCGGAAACGAGGUUGUCAACGAUCGUGUAUCGGCAAAAGUAUCACCUGUGUAUAUCAAAGCUGUCAUCAGAGAUAUGAAAGACUUCAUGAGAAGAAAUUCAAUGAGAAAAGUACCUGUUGGUUACUCAGCAGCAGACGAUUUGGACUACCGCAUUUCCUUGGCCCAGUAUCUCGCAUGCUAUGAUACAUCCACAGACGAUCAGGUUGAUUUCUACGGUGUCAAUACAUACCAAUGGUGUGGACAACAGACUUUUUAUUCUAGUGGUUACGACACCUUGGUCAGAGAUUACAUCAGAUACCCGAAACCAAUUUUCUUUUCGGAAUACGGUUGCAACAAGAUCCUUCCCAGGCUAUUUCAAGAGGUGGCCAGCAUCUAUUCUGCCAAAAUGGCCGACGUGUUUUCUGGUGGACUGGUGUAUGAGUUCGCACAGGAGCCCAACAAUUACGGAUUGGUCGAUUAUGACGAAGAUGGCAACGUCAGGCUCUUGCCGGAUUACUACACUUUCAAGAAAAGGCUUGCUAAAGUCCGCGAUCCAAUGCUCAACAAGCCAGAUAGCAGAAUGAAAGGCUUUGGGUCCUUUGGCUCUAAACGGACGGCACCCACAACACAAAAGCCUCGAAUCUGCUUGCAACAGUACGAAAAUAUUGAUGUUAGUCGUGGUCUUCCCCGGCCAGUUGCCAGGGGUAUCCAGAGAUCGAACAAAGGUACAAAAAGAGCAGGUUUUGUUGCUUUGUCUAAGACUGACUACGUGUCAAAGUACAAGAUUUUCAACGUGGAUGGAUCGCUAUUGGUUGCCAAUCCCACAGUUGCAAUCGCACAGGAAAAUGAUGAUGACCCUGAUCCUGUAGGGAGACACUAUAUUUGGAGCAGCAAGGCCACUAGCAUAGCCACACCUGCAAUAAUAGCCAUGGCUACAUGUAUAGUUGUAAUGUUGUUGACACGCUGA